UGUGUGAAUUCUAUUUAGAGCCUGCCCUAUCCAGUAUAUCUUUGCUGGUGAGAUACUGCCCUUUAAGACUGAAAUUUGAUGCUCUUAUUCUGGCUGCACUGUAGUUUCAGAACAGUUUGCAUCUGCAGUUUAGCACAGUGGCACUUUGUUGACAAUUGUACUCUGUUCACAGGGAACCAUUCUUUCUGCUUGCUGGAAAAACUGCUGCCAUGGAUGUUUGUAAAAGGUUUUGGGUUUUUUGUAGGUUUUUAUGUCAGAAGGAGAAUAUGAAUUAGGUAACAGUUAGAAAAGGGAAGAACUCAAAUUGUUUCAAGCUACGUCUGGUAGCAUUCUGUAAUCUAAUUAUACUGAAAGUCCCCACAGAAUAAAGAGGAAGCUCAGUCCAGAGUCCUGGUAGAACUGUUUGGCAUUAGUAAAUCAUUUAUAAAGUUUUUAAUGAAAGAAAACGGUGACUAAACGUCACAGAACUUGCGACUUACUGUGAACAGAACUUCCUGUUUUCAAAGCUAAGGACAAUGAGUUUAUCCAGACUCUUGGAAACAGAUAGCAAAUCCUUACGAUCAGUAAAUGGGUCAAGAAGAAAUAGUGGAUCUUCUCUUGUAUCUAGUUCAUCAGCUUCUAGUAAUCUCAGCCAUCUUGAAGAAGACUCAUGGAUCCUGUGGGGGAGGAUUGUGAAUGAAUGGGAAGAUGUACGGAAAAAGAAAGAAAAGCAAGUUAAGGAGCUGGUUCGAAAAGGGAUACCUCAUCACUUCAGAGCAAUUGUUUGGCAACUUUUAUGCAGUGCUCAAAGCAUGCCAAUUAAAGAUCAGUAUUCAGAGCUUUUAAAAAUGACAUCUCCUUGUGAAAAAUUAAUAAGAAGGGACAUUGCUAGAACAUACCCUGAACAUGAUUUUUUCAAAGAAAAAGAUAGCCUUGGGCAGGAGGUCUUGUUCAACGUAAUGAAGGCUUACUCCUUGGUGGAUCGUGAGGUUGGAUACUGUCAAGGAAGUGCUUUUAUAGUUGGAUUACUGCUUAUGCAGAUGCCAGAAGAAGAGGCAUUCUGUGUGUUUGUUAAAUUAAUGCAAGAUUACAGACUACGAGAACUCUUUAAACCAAGCAUGGCUGAACUGGGCCUUUGUAUGUACCAGUUUGAAUGCAUGAUACAGGAACAUCUUCCAGAGCUUUAUGUGCACUUUCAGUCUCAGAGUUUUCACACUUCUAUGUAUGCAUCGUCAUGGUUUUUAACUAUAUUCCUUACAACUUUUCCACUACCAAUUGCAACGAGAAUAUUUGAUAUCUUUAUGUCUGAGGGUUUAGAGAUAGUAUUUCGAGUAGGUUUAGCAUUACUUCAGAUGAACCAGGGAGAAUUACUGCAACUUGACAUGGAAGGAAUGUUACAGCACUUUCAAAAGGUCAUUCCACAUCAGUUUGACAGUGGUCCAGACAAAUUAAUCCAAGCAUCUUACCAAGUCAAGUACAAUGCAAAAAAGAUGAAAAAGCUAGAAAAAGAGUACACUACAAUAAAGACAAAAGAAAUGGAAGAACAAGUUGAAAUUAAAAGGUUACGAACUGAAAAUAGACUCCUAAAACAGCGCAUUGAAACACUAGAAAAAGAAAGUGCUUCCUUGGCAGAUAGAUUGAUACAGGGACAAGUGACAAGGGCCCAGGAGGCUGAGGAAAACUACCUCAUAAAACGGGAGCUGGCCACCAUCAAACAGCAGAGUGAUGAGGCCAAUACUAAACUGGAGCAAGCUGAGAAUACCAUCAGGGAGCUCCAGCAACAGCAGCAAUGGCAUAAAUGCAGUUCACGAUACAGUGAAGACUUUGUGCUACAGCUGGAAAAAGAGCUGGUCCAAGCCAGGCUGAGUGAAGCAGAAUCCCAUUGUGCCCUGAAGGAGAUGCAAGAUAAAGUUCUAGAGAUGGAAAAGAGGAACAGCUCCCUCCCUGAUGAGGAAAAUGUUGCCAGACUACAAGAAGAACUGAUCGCAGUAAAAUUAAGAGAAGCAGAAUCUUUGAUGGGUCUCAAAGAACUAAGGCAGCAAGUCAAAGAUUUGGAGGAACACUGGCAGCGUCAUCUAGCUCGUACCACUGGCCGAUGGAAAGAUCCUCCCAGAAAAAACGCAGUGAAUGAGCUACAGGAUGAGCUGAUGACAGUGCGGUUGAGAGAAGCAGAAACUCAGGCUGAGCUGAAAGAGACCAAACAAAGAAUGAUGGAGGUGGAGACACAGAAUCAGAUCAAUAGUAAUCACUUACGAAGGGCAGAGCAAGAGAUUGCCAGCCUACAGGAGAAAGUGCAGUAUCUUUCUGCACAGAACAAAGGACUUCUGGCUCAGUUGAAUGAAGCAAAGCGUAGACAAGCAGAGAUUGAAUGCAAGAGUAAAGAAGAAGUGAUGGCAGUACGGCUCCGUGAGGCAGACCGCAUUGCAGCUGUGGCAGAACUCCAGCAGCAUAUUGCUGAAUUAGAAAUCCAGAAAGAAGAAGGAAAAAUUCAAGGGCAGCUUAAUAAAUCUGAUUCUAACCAGUACAUCAGAGAACUGAAAGAUCAGAUAGCUGAGCUGCAUCAUGAGAUCAAAUGUCUAAAAGGCCAGAGAAACUUCUCAGACCAACCCACUUUUGAUGGGAUUCACAUUGUCAACCAUUUCACAGGAGAUGAUGAAUCAUUUCAUUCUUCUGAUGAAGAUUUUAUAACUAACUCCAUACAGGAGAGUGGGGUGAACUUUCAUCUUCCCAGGAGGACUGGUCAGAUGUCUUUGGAUCACACACUUGUAGACAGCAGUGACAGUGAUACUGAGGAAAGUGCCCUUCAGACUGGGAAUUCUGACAAGAUGGUUUCUAAGCAGAGAAGAAUGGAAUCUUACUCUACUACUGUGUGAUUAUCACUGUGACUAGCACUGAAGGACUUCCAUAUUUCUUUAAGGCUGAAAUUUUGAGGGAACUGAAACCAUCCAGCAGUUGGUUUAGGUAACUAUUGGAUUUGGUCUGGCCUGUGAUAAAUAUAUAUACAUGUACUGUCUAUCUGCCUUCUCUCUUUGCCAAAUCUUGCUAAUGACAUACCAUUGCCAUAAAACAGGCCGGGAAGAAGUUGAUGGAUGACAGUUUUGACAGUAUUACUGAAUGUUCUUUGGUUUAGAAACUGCAAAUAUAUUAUUUCUUUAAUGUGUAAGAAGCAGUUUUGCUGUUCACAAACACAGGAAUUAUUUUCCUCAAAAGAAAUUGCUUUUGUGCAAUAUUUUAUGCUCUGAACAAAUGUGUAUGUUUUACAUUGUUAUCCUUUUGUGAUCAAGAUGGACCCUAGUGAACCAUCUGAUCAUGACACACAUAUAUAUAUAAUUAUCUUAUGCUUCUCAAUUAGUUUUGUUUUUUUACUGAAGUUAUUGGAUGCCCACAGAAGGCUUGAAAGGCAAGCCUUUAUCUGUACUACUUCAUAUAAGCAAGUAAUGGUCACUAAUGUCAUAAAGGUGUUUUUCACUACUUUCACUUAAGUAUAUGUGCAUCUGCUUUUGAUGUUGCUAAAUAAUAAAUGGUCUGAAUAUGUUAAUUACAAUAAUGUUUAUUUGUACAUAUUUAUGUAUCUACACCAAGCUGAAACUGUACAUUACUCCAUUUUAUAUGAGGAAUGUAAAUGUUGCGAUAUUACUGUCUCUGGUAUUCUAACAGGAAAAUGAAUUCUGUAUAUACACACUAAAAGUGAAUUACUAAAUAAAGGCAAAACACUAACUUUGCAUUAAGUUUCAGCCUAGCUACACUAACAGGCUCAUGUCAGAAAUGCUUGUUCAAAACACUAUUGACUGAAAUCUUUUACCUUCAUGUAUAUGUAAUGAAAAUAAAUUUUUCAUGAUUUAACAAGG